AUGCGCUCCUUUGUACAAGUCCUCACGACGCCCACGGCGGACACGCCGGGCACGACGUUGAUUCUGCAUUUCGAUAAGAAGCGCUACCUGAUUGGUAGUCUCGGGGAAGGUACUCAAAGAGCUUGCGUGCAGAUGGGCGCGAGACUGCUCAAGGUUUCAGAAUGCUUCGUUACAGGCCGAACGGAGUGGAGCAAUGUCGGGGGUUUGUUGGGGAUGGUGCUCACACUCGCCGACUCUGCUGCGUCAAGUCAAGCGAGCGCGCUGGAAGAGGCGUUGUUCAAGGCCAAAGCCAAAGCUAAGCGAGAGGGGUGGUCAGAAGACUACGAGAAGAUGAGAAAGAUGGAAGAUGAGAUCAGGAACGAGGUGAAGGCCAACAGCGUCUUGAAUAUCUUCGGGCCGCAGAACAUGAACCACAUGCUGGCGACGGCGAGGCGGUUCAUAUUUCGCAAGGGCAUGCCGCUCAACGUCCACGAAGUUCGCGGGGAGACACACAGCAAGGACACCGAAGAGCCAUGGGCGCCGUACUGGGCAGAUGACAAUAUCAAGGUCUGGGCCAUGAGCAUUUCGCCCGACUCUUCAACCAAAUCUCCGUCCUCCAGUGAAGGCAGCUCUGCAAGCCCUCGGAAGAGGAGCAUUGAACAAGUCUAUGAAGGAGAGGCAGUUCCCGACGGCACCGUAGCUAACGACUUGUCGCCGAAAGAGCGAGACAUGCUUACAGUCAAAGCGGUGGUCUCCGAAAUGUUCGACUCGACCUGGAGAUUGGACACCCUCCACGAAACGCCCCUAUCGAGCGUCCGGCUACCAGCAACGAUCUUCGUCCGCAAUUCCGACACGAACAAAGUAGAGCGGUACCAGGGCCCUCUACCGGGAGGUCCACAGCCACUGCCAGACCCCAAUCGCACAGUGCUUGUGCGGCGACCGUGGCCCGGCGCAUUGAUCGAGAGUCUCCCCUACACCGAGCCGGCAAAGCAAGCCAUCUCUUAUAUCAUCCGCAAUCACCUGCAGAGGGGCAAGUUCAAUAAGCAAAGGGCUGUUGAGCUGAAAGUCGAAGAGGGCCCGAAAUUCCGCGAACUGUCAAACGGCAAUAGCGUGCUGAACAAGGACGGAGAAACCAUCACAUCUGACAUGGUUCUUGGGGAAACCAGGGAUGGUGGAGGAUUCGCUGUCGUUGAUCUUCCUGAUCCUUCUUACAUUGACAAUCUGAUCAAUCGACCCGAGUGGCGAGAAGCCAAAGUGAUGGCUGGAGUGGGAGCGAUCAUCUGGAUCUGCGGCCAAGACGUUGCGCAGGAUCUCAGAGUUACUCAAUUCAUGAAGGAAUUCGUCAACUUGCAACACAUUGUGUCUUCCGCGGAGCAUUGCCCUAAUCAGAUCUCCAUGGACUCGUCCGCAGCCUCGACCGUGCGUCUACGGAAGAUUGACCCCGUUCGAUUUCGCACACCCGUACACGAUGAUGCCAUCCCAAAAGUGCUGUCUGGCACCAAUGUGACUAUGGCGGCAAGAGGGCAGGUUGUACAGCUGGAACCGUCAUUCGAGCUUCAGGACAAGCAGAUCGUGCCCCCACUAUCCAUCGCAGAGGUUGAAAAGGAGAUGUCGUCGGACAUCCUCGGCGAAGCUGCAAAAGCGCACCAAGCCAUCGAGGCAGACCAAGACCAAGAGUCAUUGUGGGCGGCCAACAUCCCCGACAAAGAAGCCGAGAUCAUCACCCUCGGCACCGGCUCCGCCUUACCCUCCAAAUACCGCAACGUCUCCGCCACCCUCCUCCGCGUACCCGGUUGGGGCAGCAUGCUCUUCGACUGCGGCGAAAACACCCUCGGCCAGCUAAAGCGCGUCUUCACCCCGACCGAACUGCAACAAGUCCUGCGCGAGCUCCGCCUCAUCUUCAUCAGCCACAUGCACGCCGACCACCACCUAGGCACCGUAGGCGUCAUCAAAGCCUGGUACGCCGAAGUGCACAACAGCCAGCCCGCCUCGACCGACUCGCUGCUCCAAAGCCAACUCAACGACCAACGCCGUCUCGCCGUCGUCUCCGAACCCGCCAUGCUGCAAUGGCUCAUGGAGUACGCCGCUGUAGAAGACUACGGCUACUCGCGCCUCGCAAGUCUGCACAUCAGCCCACACGAACGCAACAAGCGCCGCCCCAGCAAACUCGGCUGGUUCGUCCCGCCCACCGAGUUCACCGGCCUAACGCCGCAAGAACGCAUGGAAAAGCACGCGCGCAACUCCAUCCCCGCCUCCCACCCCAUCCUCCGCCUGACCGACAUCCAAGCCGUGAGCGUGACGCACUGCCACGGCGCGCGCGCCGUCUCCAUCUCCUUCCCCUCAGGCCUCAAAGUCUCCUACUCAGGCGACUGCCGCCCCAGCACCGCGUUCGCGCACAUAGGCCGCGGAAGCCACGUGUGCAUCCACGAAGCGACCUUUGACGACGAGCUGCUGUCCGACGCAAAAGCGAAGAACCACUCUACUACUUCGGAAGCGCUGGGCGUCGCGCAGGCUAUGGGCGCCAAGGCGUGCGUGUUGACGCAUUUCAGCCAGCGGUAUCAGAAGUUGCCUGUGCUGGAGUAUCGCGAGACGGAAGAGGAGAAGGCGGAGGAGGAGAGUUUGCUGGCACCUGCUCCUACGGCGGGAAGUGCGACUACAGCACCGCCCGAGGCCGUGCGCCUCAAAGUAUCAGCGGACAUGCGCGUCGCGGUCGCUUUCGACUACAUGCGCAUCAAGGUGGGCGAGAUCGGGCAGAUGGAGAAGUUUACGCCGGCGUUGUUGAAGUUGUUUGCCGAGGAGGAUAAGUCGGAGAAGACGGGGAAUGGUGUUGUAGGGGUGGAAGAGGGGGAGAAGGGGAGUGGGAAGAAGAAGGGCAAGGGGAAAAGAGGUGGUGGUGCGUAGGCGGGUGCUUACUGGCUUGUAUAUACGUCACAGAGCGCACAUCAUCCUGUGUAGGUACGAACUUUGAAUUGCACCCAUCACACAGCGAC